AUGAGAAGUUCGCUGCCUGGAUCGAAGAGAAGGUUACUUCUCCUAACUGUAUGGUUGAUCGUGUCACACCACGUUGCACUGACAAGGAGCGCAAGUACGUCACUGACACUUGGGGAAUUAAGGACCAAUGUCCCGUUGUUGCAGAGCCUUUCAUCCAAUGGGUUCUUGAAGACAACUUUUCUGACGGCCGUCCUCCUUGGGAACUUGUCCGGUGUUCAAGUUGUCAAGGAUGUCGAUUCCUAUGAACUGAUGAAAUUGCGUCUGCUUAACGGUGGGCACUCAGCCAUGGGAUACCUUGGAUACUUGGCCGGUUACACCUAUAUACACGAGGUCGUCAACGACCCAACCAUCAACAAGUACAUCCGUGUUUUGAUGCGUGAGGAAGUCAUCCCAUUGUUACCUAAGGUGCCAGGCGUGGAUUUCGAAGAAUACACUGCGUCUGUGUUGGAGAGAUUCUCCAAUCCAGCAAUUCAGGACACCGUUGCACGUAUCUGUUUGAUGGGCUCAGGUAAGAUGCCCAAGUACGUUUUACCUUCGAUCUACGAGCAGUUGCGCAAGCCUAACGGCAAGUAUAAGUUGUUGGCAGUGUGUGUGGCUGGAUGGUUCCGUUAUUUGACCGGUGUCGACAUGAACGGCAAACCAUUCGAAAUUGAGGACCCCAUGGCAGAUACCUUGAAGGCUGCUGCUGUUAAGGGUGGUAAGGAUCCUCACGAGCUACUUAACAUCGAGGUCCUUUUCAGCCCUGAAAUUCGUGAUAACAAGGACUUUGUUGCGCAAUUGACUCACUCGCUAGAAGUUGUUUAUGAUAAAGGACCACUUGCCGCUGUGAACGAAGUUCUAGACCAGGUGUAA